AGUUCCUCAAGGCAUUGUCCAGCUGAAAAUCAAACCAGAAAGAGAAGAGGGAUGUCAAUGAUUCAUUUCUAUUCAUUACAGUAACACACUAGGGGUUGAAAUGAAACGCUGAUGGCAGUCAGUUACAGCAAUGGACUCCAGCCGGACCUUCCCGACCCCUCCCAGCCUCCCCCUCCCCUGCUGCCCAAACCAGACAAGGCCAAUGCCCGGCUGCAGAAACUCAUCAAGAAGAGUGCCAAGAAGAAAGCCCGACCCUCCCAGACUCCCAUCCCCUUCCGCUCCUGUCUGUCCCCCGUACACGAAGCUUCGGACCUCGAGCACAGCGACACACACUCGACUCCUCCCCGGUCACCGGACUUCAGUUUCCCCAUUAGGCCUCUGUAUGAUCCACACCCCCCCUCUCCGUUCUCGUUCCCCCCCAGUGGUCCAUAUGGUAACAAUCCUUACGGCCAGACAGGGGUCUUUCCCCCACUGGACUACACCGCUCCCAUGCAGACAUCAGAGAACCAGGUGGCGCCCCUCUUUGAGUGCUCGUCGUUUAUGUUUGACGAUGACGACACAGAAAGUAUGAUGCCACCCUCGCCUCCGCCACCCCCACCCCCACCCCCACCCGUACCUGAGUUCUCACAAGGCCCUGCAGUUCAUCUGUAUGACUUGUAUUCAUCUGUAGCACUGAAUUCGUCUGGGUCGGUGGCCACGGCAACAGUAGCUCCAGACUCAGUCCCCAGUGUACCACAGUCAACUCCCCCAACUCCAUGUUCCCCUAAGAUAUCAACUCAUGUUAUGACUCUUUCCCCACCAGUACCUAGUGGUCCGAGCCUGGGUCCGGUUCUGGCACCAUUACCCGCUCAGGUCCAAGUUCCAGUCCCACCUCCUGCUCCAGUACUGAUGUCAGCGCCAACCCUUCAGACACAACCUCUGACCUCAACCCAUCAGGUGACGACACCCAGUAAGCCAAAGGAUGAGGCUCCAAAGACCACACCAGUUUUGGUCACUAAUAACCUUGGUUCUGAAGAUCACAUUAUGAACAAAGUGGCUUCCAAGAGGGUCAGCACGCAAAUAAAUCAAGCUAAUUCCCAUAAAGUCAAACCGUCUGACGUCGUCCCACAAACAAUGAUUUACACAUCCAAGGCAACGUUUUACGAAAUCUCCAAGCCUGCACUUCCAGACAUAACAGGAGUGAAUAUAUUGUAUCAAGGAGCAUCGUUAUCCACUAUACACAGGGAGAAAUCACCAAUGACUUGUCACCAAAGUGAGCCGGCUAUCCCAUAUAAAGUUUCCGUGGCAAAGACCCCUUCUGGAAGAUCGAAAACACCCUCACACCAUCCCACAAUGGGAAGACUGACACCUGUUUUUGAGAUAUCGAAAGCCAAUCCACUCCUGUUCGCUGCAAGUCCAGUCUUCUUCUCCUCUCGGGAUGUGCACGCCUCGGUCGUAAACACAGAGACAGAGAAAUACAAGUCACCAAUGACUGUUACCAGUGCUCUCUCAGCAGCAACCGAACAACUGAAACCAAUUGGAUCUCGUUCAGAUACAGACAUAUUCCAAAAUAAUGGAAUUACAACUACCAUGGGAGGAUCUAUGGCUAAUUUAUCUUCUAUGUUCAGCUCCUGUCAGGAUGUACACGUCACACAGAGAUUCAAGUCGCCAAUGGCUAUUACCAGUACAGCCCAAACACCCUCAGCAAUAACUGUUAACAGUAGAGUUAAAUCUCCCUCAACAAUACAUGUAACCAGUACAGCCCAAACACCCUCAGCAAUACCUCUUAACAGUAGAGUCAAAUCUCCUCCUUCAAUGCCUGUUACCACGACAAGCAAUAUUCCCUCAGCUGCAGCAGAAGCACUAAAACCAAUAGGAUCUAACUCUGACAAACAUUUACAAGGUCUGACCAGUGUUGAAAGAAGUACAACUCAGACUAAUGGAAUAACAACCAACAUGGAACGGUCUAUGGCUACGAUAUCUUCUGCAUUCAGCUCCUAUCAAGAUGUACAUGCUUUGGUUGUAAACAAAGAGACACACAGAUACAAGGAGAUACAGGAUACAACUACUAUGCUCGGAUUUAUGACUAAUAUAUCACAUGCCUUCAGCUCCUAUCAAGAUGUACAUGCCUCAGUCAUAAACACACAGAGACACAAGUCACCCAUGCCUGUUACGUGUAGAGUUAAAUCUCCCCCGGUGAUGACUGUUACCAGUACAGCCCAAACUCCCCUAGCAAUUCCUGUUGCCAGCAGAGUCAAAUCACCCCCAUCAAUGCCAGUUAACAGUACAGUCAAAUCUCCCCCAUCAAUGCCUGUUACAAGUGCAGCCCAAACUCGCUCAACAGCCACUGAACAACCAAAAUCAGCUGGUUCUGCCAGUGCCGGCUCAGUGGAACUUUCACAAGGUGAUAGAAAUAGGAACCAGACUAGUGGAAGUACAACCACCACUGAAAGAUCUAUGGCUGAGAGAACUCCCAAUGAGAUUCUAGCAUCAAAGAUCGCUGCACGUGACAUUGCAGUUUCCAAGCCAAAAGUAAAGUUUACAGAACCUCAUAUGCAGAAAGAUAAGAUGGAUGAAACAACUGAAUAUGGAAUCCCACCUGAGUAUCAAAAGCAACAGACCCCAUUGUCCACCAAAGGGAUACCAAAGAUAGCUUCAAAUGGAUUCAAAGCGCCAACCAUUUCAGCUCCACCAAACGGACCCACUGUGCCAAUGAUCUCAGCACAACCACCUCCAAACACUGUGCUAACGCCAAUGAUUUCAGCACAACCACCUCCAAACACUGUGCUAACGCCAAUGAUUUCAGCACAACCACCUCCAAACACUGUGCUAACGCCAAUGAUCUCAGCACAACCACCUCCAAACACUGUGCUAACGCCAAUGAUCUCAGCACAACCACCUCCAAACACUGUGCUAACGCCAAUGAUCUCAGCACAACCACCUCCAAACACUGUGCUAACGCCAAUGAUUUCAUCACCUCAAUCUCCAUUGACCCCUAGAUACCCAGACUCUCCUAUAAUUGGCUUACGUAAAGUUCUGGCACCAUUGAUAGAGCAUAAAAAGACCCCUACAUCCCAAAAAACUAAAACACGGUCAACAUAUUACGGACUGACUCCGGCUGAGUAUGUUGCCUAUGGUGGGAUCCGGACAUACUACGGUCCUUCUGGACCUAAAGCUAACGAAUCAACACCAUCACCACCCACAGCACAGACUAAUGGAUUACCAAAUGGGCCUCGUCCUCCUUUCAUCUCUAAACCUGAAACAUCCCCCGUAGGAUCAAACACACCCAGCAGAGAACAACAGAAACCUACCUUGCAAGGGCUGCAUUCUACUGUUCCGGCACCUUCACUUUCAACACCUUUAGCUGCAACUGGCUGUUCUCAGACGCCGACGGAUAAGGCAGCCAUAUUUAAACCCAAUACAUCAGAUGUUAACAAAUCCGAAGCACCUGCUUAUGCAAUACAACCUGAUAUAACACCCGUUGUGGACAUAACAAAACCUGAACUUCUAUUGGCCCUCGGACAGUUAACUCUUCCACCAGCCACCAGUGAAGUCCCCACACCAAUGGCCUCUCAUUCUGAGGUUCCAAGACGGGCACAUAAAGCAGGUGUGGUACACACAACCAGACCAGCUCCAUUUCAGCUAAAUGAAACUCCUUCAUUCCCGAUGGGUAGGAAUGUUGUGUCAAAGUCGCUGUUUCCUUUCAGCAUUCCAAAUGCUGAAGUUUCACAAAAUUCAACUGUAGCAAAUAUUCCCCGACACAGUGGAAAGUCAGAGGCAGAUCCCACAGUCAUGCAUCUUUCUAUCAAGGCUAAUAUUAGCACAGACACUAAACUACCCAGAAAACCUGUCAUAGGAGUCCCCAACAACCCUGAUAUCGGAAGCCAACUCCCCAGCCAACCUACCACAGCAACUAUACUACCAGGCAAGCCUACCAUAGACACCAAACUACCUAGCAAGCCUAGUGUGCCAACCAUAAGAACUCAACUCUCUCAUACACCUACUAUUGAAACACCUACCAUUGAAACAGGAACCCAAGUCCUCACCAAACCUACUAUAGAAAACCAACAUUCAUGCACACCUAUCACUGGAACUAAACUUCCUAGCCCACCUACCAAAAUAGCCCAACUUCCCAGCCCACCUAUCAUAGUAGCCCAACUUCCCAGCUCACCUAUCAUAGUAGCCCAACUUCCCAGCUCACCUAUCAUAGCAGCUCAACUUCCCAGCCCACCUAGCAUAGUAGCCCAACUCUCUAGCACGCCUAGCAUAGAAGCCCAACUCCCCAACGAGCAUUUAAUAGAACCUGUACAACCUGGCAAGUCUACUCCAGAAAAUAUUCUGCCCAGUAUCAUGCAGUACCAUGCAAACCGUACCAGGAAGCAUUUUGUAGAAACCAACUCCCACAAAGCAAUUGAAUGCAGACAAUCUACAAAAUCUACCAUUGAUGGAAAACCUUCCACCAAGUCCACUACUGAAACGAGAUUCUCAGCCAGCUCUACGAACGAAGGUAAACAAUUUACAAACCCUAUUGUAGCAAAUGGAGCUUGGCUGAAACCAUGCCUAGAGCCUACACGUACUAACUCAACUAUCAUAAGUGCACAGCCAUCCACAGAAAUUAGAUCCCCAGUAAGCCCUACUUUACAAGCUAAGCAUUUUACAAAGCCUGUUAACAACAAUAGUUCCUCUCCAAAACCUGUCCCACAUACUAACAGGCCUAUAAUAAUUGUACAACCUCCCACACCUCCCAUAAUAGAGGCCGUACCUCCCUCAACCCCUGCUUUAGAAACUAAACCCUUUACAAAAUAUGUUGCAGAAGCUAAAGCCUCACCAAAAUCCCUUGAACCUGUCUGGGCUAAUAUAACUACCAGAAAUGUACAACCUUCAACAAAACCUACCGCAGACUCUUUUAGCCCUACUAUUGAAGCUAAACCCUUUAUGGAGCCCGUCGUAGAAGCUAGCGCCUCCCCAAAACCGGUCUCAGUGCUUCCUAACAAACCUACCAUAAAAGUCCUACCUUCUACACCGCCACGUAGACAUAACAGACCAUGGUCAACAACACCUAUGGAACCUAAAGCUGUUACAGAACCUAACCAUGCAACAAAUAAGCCUACCGUAAAUGUACAACCUUCAACAGAACCUACUAGAGAAACUAGACCCUGCUUCAGCCCUACUGUUGAAGCUAUACCCAUUAUACAGCACAAUAUGGAAACUAGAGUCUUUGCUAAAUCACCCCCAGAGCCUAAACCAGCUAACAAGCCUACCAUAAAUGUACAACCUUCAACAGAACAUACUAGAGAAACUAGACCCUGCUUCAGCCCUACUGUUGAAGCUAUACCCAUUAUACAGCACAAUAUGGAAACCAGAGUCUUUGCUAAAUCACCCCCAGAGCCUAAACCGGCUAACAAGCCUACCGUAUAUGUGCCACCUUCCCCAAAGCCCAUAGAAAGAGAAACCACCUUAAGCCCUUUUAUUGAAGCUAAACCCUUUCCACAGAAUAAUACGGAAACUAGAGACUUCACAAAACCUGCACCAGAACCUAAACCAGCUAACAAGCCUACCAUAAAUGUACAACCUUCAACAACACCUACUAUAGAAAGUAGAUCCUGCAUCAGCCCUACUGUUGAAGCUAGACCUGCUGCAAAGGUUAUGGCAUCAAGAAGUUGCUUUAGUCCCACUAGACCUUGGUUAAACCCUUCUACCGAAGCUAAACCCUUGACGAAGCAUGACAUUGAAGCUAUUGCCUCCCUAAAACCGACACCAGAGCCUAAAUCGACUAACACCACUUCCACAAAGCCUGCUAUAGAACGUAUAUCGUCCCCAACCCCAACCGCUGCCGUAGACACUGUGAUAACACUACCUGCCGUUACCAAAGUGAUUGACUGUUCCAAUCCUGCCUCUCUGCCUCAGGCCUCAGCCUCUGUAAAAGCCCCGUCCACAAACAGAGGAAUGUCAUCGCCAUCUCAGCCAAAGACUGGACAGACAGAGACAGACACAAUGGAAGAUGUGGAAGCCAAUGCAUCAGGUGCACAGGGGAAAGCAGCCAGACGUCAAGAGACACCCUGUACGAAGCCUACGAUAUCAACUGCAUCUUCGACUGUUGACAAUGUAGACAAAGUAGACAAGCCCCAAGCUUCAACCGCUAAACCUAGCCUUGCUAACGCUGCACUGAAUGCAAUGAAACCUAAAAGUAUGAAGACCAUGUUCAGUGGCUGGUCGCGCCUCAAAAAACACAUGGUCGUUGAACCAGAGGAACCUCAGUUCCCGGAGCCAGAGCCCGAAUCUGUCCGCAGGGAUGGCGCCAUCUACAGUAAGAACACUGACCAGGCCAAAUCCAGUCAAGCUUCUUCAGCAAAAGUCAAAGACCACUCUGAGAAGGGCAAAGAAGUGCUGAAGGAGACAGAGGCGCCCAGAGCAAUGAAGAUGUGGGACGCCAUGCUCUUCCACAUGUUCUCUACCAAGGAAGCAAUCAUGCAGCAGAUCAAAGCUAGCAAAGCUCCCGACGGUUCCGACAAGAAGAAAGACCAGAGAGAGCAGACCAAUAAGACACGGAAAGUCAAUCAGCAGAAAGAGAAUGAGAUGGAGGUCGUCCCCUCUUUUGCCAGUCGCCUGCCGCUCCUCCUCUACAGUCCGCGCUUUGAUGCCAGAAAGAUUAAAGAGGCUGCAGAGAAGCCGCUGGUGAAGAUGUCAGCUGCGUUCCAGAGGGGGCUGAUUAACCGCAAAAAUCAGGAUGGGGAAGGGAAGGACUUUAAUAAAACUGCCAGGGGAUUCGGUUCCUCAAGAACAACUGAUGUCUGACUUUGAAAUCACACCAGAAUAUUACUGCUCAAUCUUCUCAUUAAGUAGAUGAAUAAACCUCAAACAAUUGAUUUCAGUUAUCAUAUAGCUAGAGAUCUGUAUGUUAAAUAAGCUUCUGAUCAAGGGCUGCAGUGCAGUAGGCUAUGCCAGGAUAUUUACUUCAAUAUGGUGUUUAAACUAAGAUUUUUAACUAUGAUCAUGAGCUUUUAAGACAAUGAUGUUGGAUGCAUGCAGACGGCUCAUUACAUCUUUAUUGCGCCAUAGAACGAUGUUGUAUUUUUUUUAAGCAUUGCUUGUGUCUUAGUCUUAGAGUGUUCACCCUGGGUGAGGUUAGGAGUAGAGUGUCUGAUGACAGUGUGUAAUAAAUAGGGCUUGUACAUUCCUGGAUUGAUGCAACGGAAGGGCAUUGGAUGACAGAGCAGUGUAGCUGUGAGAGAGGUGGAGCCUAGCUAGAGGUGGAGCCUAGCUAGAUGUGGAGCCCAGCUAGAGGUGGAGCCUAAUUAGAGGUGGAGCCUAGCUAGAGGUAGAGCAUUAUUAGAGGCUGGGCCUAGUUAGAGGUGGAGCCUAGCUAGAGGCGGAGCCUAGCUAGAUGUGGAGGCUAGCUAGAUGUGGAGCCUAGCUAGAGGUGGAGCCUAGCUAGAGGUGGAGCCUAGCUAGAGGUGGAGCCUAGCUAGAGGUGGAGCCUAGCUAGAGGUGGAGCCUAGCUAGAGGCGGAGCCUAGCUAGAGGUGGAGCCUAGCUAAUAGGGGUAUAUACACCAGACUCGAGGGAGAACUCUAACUUUGAACUUAACACCAUAAAAUGUGACUGCAUGCAACGUUUUUAAAGUCAGUGGAAGUUUUCCCUCUGGUGUUUAUAACUCUAUAGUGGAGCUAUGGGAGGGGCACAGCUACAAAAGUUGGACAUACAGGGGGAGAAGGUGUGGCUUCAAUAGAAGGCAGCAGAAGGAUACGUAGGCCCGACUGGAAAUGACAACACAUAAACAGUUGGUUUGAAAAGCACUUUCAGUUUGCAGGUUGGUUGAAAAUAUAUUUAAAUAGCAAAUGGAAUGUAUUAAUGUCAUGUCAAAUGUCCAGUAGGAGGAGGGAGACAGUUUUUAGAUACGUUGGAGAUUCUCUGAGCAGAAGAAAGGGCAGAGAAAAAACAGAUGGACAUGUAUCCUUAUGGGACAUGAUGAUAGUACAUGUAUCCUUAUGGGACAUGAUGAUAGGACAUGGAUCCUUAUGGGACAUGAUGAUAGGACAUGUAUCCUUAUGGGACAUGAUGAUAGCACAUGGAUCCUUAUGGGACAUGAUGAUAGGACAUGUAUCCUUAUGGGACAUGAUGAUAGGACAUGGAUCCUUAUGGGACAUGAUGAUAGCACAUGGAUCCUUAUGGGACAUGAUGAUAGGACAUGUAUCCUUAUGGGACAUGAUGAUAGGACAUGGAUCCUUAUGGGACAUGAUGAUAGGACAUGGAUCCUUAUGGGACAUGAUGAUAGGACAUGGAUCCUUAUGGGACAUGAUGAUAGGACAUGUAUCCUUAUGGGACAUGAUGAUAGCACAUGGAUCCUUAUGGGACAUGAUGAUAGGACAUGUAUCCUUAUGGGACAUGAUGAUAGGACAUGGAUCCUUAUGGGACAUGAUGAUAGCACAUGGAUCCUUAUGGGACAUGAUGAUAGGACAUGUAUCCUUAUGGGACAUGAUGAUAGGACAUGGAUCCUUAUGGGACAUGAUGAUAGGACAUGGCUCCUUAUGGGACAUGAUGAUAGGACAUGGGUCCUCAUUGGGACGAUGAUAGGACAUGGGCCUUAUGGGACAUGAUGAUAGGACAUGUAUCCUUAUGGGACAUGAUGAUAGGACAUGGAUCCUUAUGGGACAUGAUGAUAGGACAUGUAUCCUUAUGGGACAUGAUGAUAGGACAUGGAUCCUUAUGGGACAUGAUGAUAGGACAUGGGCCUUAUGGGACAUGAUGAUAGGACAUGGAUCCUUAUGGGACAUGAUGAUAGGACAUGUAUCUUUAUGGGACAUGAUGAUAGGACAUGUAUCUUUAUGGGACAUGAUGAUAGGACAUGGGCCUUAUGGGACAUGAUGAUAGGACAUGGGCCCUCAUUGGGACAUGAUGAUAGGACAUGUAUCUUUAUGGGACAUGAUGAUAGGACAUGUAUCUUUAUGGGACAUGAUGAUAGGACAUGGGCCCUCAUUGGGACAUGAUGAUAGGACAUGGGUCCUUAAGGGACAUGAUGAUAGGACAUGGAUUGCUUUGUGAUGAAUGUCUUCAAUGGUGCAGAAUGGAUAAGAAUGAAGGAAUGUAAGAUAAAGGUGCUUCAUGCAAUAAACUACAGAAGGGUCAUCGUGAUACAGGAAGCUGUGUAAUAAACUACAGAAGGGUCUUUGUGAUACAGGAAGCUGUGUAAUUAACUACAGAAGGGUCAUCGUGAUACAGGAAGUUGUGUAAUAAACUACAGAAGGGUCUUCGUGAUACAGGAAGCUGUGUAAUAAACUACAGAAGGGUCUUUGUGAUAUAGGAAGCUGUGUAAUAAACUACAGAAGGGUGAUCGUGAUACAGGAAGCUGUGUAAUAAACUACAGAAGGGUCAUCGUGAUACAGGAAGCUGUGUAAUAAACUACAGAAGGGUCUUGGUGAUACAGGAAGCUGUGUAAUAAACUACAGAAGGGUCAUCGUGAUACAGGAAGCUGUGUAAUAAACUACAGAAGGGUCAUCGUGAUACAGGAAGCUGUGUAAUAAACUACAGAAGGGUCUUGGUGAUACAGGAAGCUGUGUAAUAAACUACAGAAGGGUCAUCGUGAUACAGGAAGUUAAGUAGAUAAGUGACACUGAAAGUUAAUUUGUUAAAUGAUAAAGACACAGUUGGUGUUUUAAAAUAAGCUUUUGAUAAUUUUGUUGCUGGAAUAGAUCUAAUGAGCAUUAAAACAUGUUUUUUAAGCUUUAAAGGUUUAUUCUUCUGUAAGGAACUUUUGAGAAUUUGUGGCAUAUUUUUUAUUUAUUUAAGAUGUCUAUUUUUGUUAUAGCUAUCUGAUGCUUCUCAGGUCUUUGUUUAAUGAAAUCAUUUCUCAUUGAUAAAUAACAGGGGUGUGUCCCCGUGAGCCAACCAUAACCACACUGCUGCUUUAGACUUGUUGGUAUAGAAUUGGCUCGACUCACAAGUGUGCAGUAAUAAAAAGGAUUGUGGCGCCCCGGGGGUCAAAACUGAAGAAGGAAAAACCUCUAUUGAUUGUGUAUACGGGACAUUAUUUUGUAUAGACGUGUCCAGUAUAGAAUGAUGUUGCCAGUCGUGUGAUUAACUCAAUUAUUGCUUUAUUGUCUACAUGUUUACAUUGAAGUAAACUCUACGCUGUUC